AUAUACAUACACAGAAAUACACACGCACAGACAAAUGUACAUACAUACACAGACACAUGUACACACAGACACAUGUACGUACAUACACACAUGUACGCACACACAUACAUGUACAUACACACAGACACAUGUACAGAUACACACAUGUACAUACACACAGACACAUGUACAAUUGUACAUGCAUACACAGAUACACACACAGACACACAUAUGUACACGUACACACACACCCCCCCCAUAAAACGUUGCAGUACUUCGUUGUUCACUCACAGAGCCGUGUACUGCACACUCUAGGGGAGGCAGAGAGCACAGCACACACUGCUUGCUUUGCUUUCACUGCGCUCAGCUAUUGAGCAGUCUGACGGCUCCCAGUGCCAACGACAGAUCCGGCCUGAGCUCCAAGCCUGCUCAGCAAGACGGCCCUGGGGGACACACUCACCCCCACCAUAAUUUCCACUCGCCAUUGGCGAGCAGGUGAGUGGAAAUUUCAAGACCUGGUGUA